AUGCUACCAGGCCUACAGAUAUUUGAUGAGCAUGAGUUUAUAGAGUGCAAGGUGUUGAGUGAAAUGGUAAAUGAUAUAGCUAAUGGAAAUGUGAAGUCCUUGGAAAGGUACUUUUCAGAUGAUUGUAAUGAUGAAUGCAAUGAUCAUCAUGUUGUUGUGUAUCUUGAGAAUGUCAUUGACAAGCUUUGUUUCAAUGUGGAUGAGAUUAGAAAGCUGCUGGUACACAAAAGUUCUAAAGUCAGGAAGAUUGCAUUAUUUAUGCAUCAAAGAUGGUUUACUGAAGAUGAUGUGAUGAUGAUGCAAAAUGACCCGUGUCAUAUAGUUAGAGAGGCAUAUUUGCUUCAGGGCAGAGCGGUUUCUGUGAGAUCAUUAGUUAAACAGGCAAAGGAUGAGAAUGUGGGGGUGCGAUUUGCAGCACUAAAGCGUCUUGUGGAGUUUGCAAACAUUGAAGAGCACAAGAUGAAGAUACUUAAGGUGAUUUGCAGCUCUAUGAGAGAUAGAGAGCAUUAUCUGAGAGAAUUUGCAUCAAAGGCAAUAGGAGAGUUCAGGUGGAUUGAUGAGCAAACAAUGAAACAAAUGAUGACUAAACAAGCUGAGGAAGGAAGCGAGGAUGUGAGCGGAGCUCUUGUUUAUGGGAUUGAAGACGAAUACUCUGAUGUGCGUAGAAACACUGUACGAGCUGUUUAUAAGCUUACUACACAUGGAACUGUGUCUCAAGCAUUUGAAUUCCUGGUUGACUCGUUGAACGAUGAUGAUGAGGAUCUAAGGGUGGUUUGUACUGAGUAUCUGGUAAUGCUUAGCAAAAAGUAUGAGUUGAUGGUUGAUGAAGAAAUAGUCGUGCAAAUAUCUGAAGGACUAAGGGAAAGGAGUGAUAGAAUCAAACUAAACAUUUUGAGUUUGCUUUCAAACCUGAGAUAUGAAAACACAAUAAUAUAUGAUAUUUUAAUGCUACGCAUGAAGGAUGGGAUAAAACCAAAUGAGGUGCAUCAUGUGAUGAAGAAGAUAGCUUCUAGGAAUUCAAGAGUAUUUUUUGCAGAUCUUACGAAGUUUUAUGUUCGUACGCCGAUUGCCAGAGUAGAGUGUUCACUAGAAGAUCCGUAUUAUAUCACAAGACUUGUUGUUUUGAGAGAGUUGUGCAAAUCAGGAUAUAAAAUUGAUCUCAGUAGAGACAUUUCUGAUCAUUUCUUGUUUGUUGAGAUGAUGGAAAGUAAGUUACCAAAGACCGUUUAUGAAAACUAUCAGUUUUGUAAGGACAUUCUUUGCCAGUUUAUUACAGAGAAGGAGUUGAAUAUGCAUGCUGAUGCAGGCAUUCAAAGUAAUAGUAAGCAAAAGAGAAAACUAAGAACGGAGAGGAUGUAUAACCAGCUGUUCAAAGAUAUGCUUAGACAAGGAAAGAAAGCUUGGCUUAUUUUCUAUAUCUACAAGGGAAUGAGUGAACUUAUGAAUGGAAAUGGCUGUAGAAUACUGAGAAGAAUUCCGUAUCUGUUUGGCCUAUCGGAGUUCAACAUAUCUAUGGCAAGCGAUAUCAAUGCAAUGAAGAGAUAUAUUCAGUCUUUGGAUAUUGGCUCAAUCCAAGCAUCAAGAUAUAUCCUUUCUGUGCCUUCGGUUGUUGAAGUGAACGAUAAAAUGCCAAUCAGGUUUUCAAUCGGUGUGCUUACAGAGAAUGCAUGUACAGAGGCACGGCUGAAGAUCUGGGUUGAAGGUAGACCAUGCAUGUACUUUGGAGUGGUGGAAAGCCUAGACAUAUGCAUAAUGGAUAAUGUAAACAGAAUAUACUGCUGCAUUGUAAAACCAGAUAUGGAGGAUGAUAUUCAACUAUCAAGAACCAAAUCAAUCAUUAUAGAUAGAAAAAAGCCCAAGGCAGAUUUAAUUCCAGGAAUAAACUACUGA